GAUUUACGCAGACUGGGAGAUUGUACAGUUGGUCACAGCAGCAGCGCUGAGAAAACACAAGGUAAGAGCAGAGCUUCAGAAUGUCACUGACGGUCAGUAAGGCAGAUGGGGUGACUGUGUUCACUGUCACCUCCAACCCCAAGAGCAAAUGGCCGCUGUUUUUUCAGAUGCUGGGUACCAUGUGCUACAGCCCUGUUUGCUCUGUGUCUCAAAGAAUAACGCAGCAGUUGGGCAGCGCUUACACCGCACUGGCGACUGCACAAAUCAUGAUUGGAUUGAUAAAUCUGGGUGUUGGAUUUGUGCGUCUAGGCUUUUACAGCCAUGAGCUUCAGUACUGCCCCUUUUGGCUGGGAGGAGUGUUUAUUGCAGUUGGCAUUGUGUGUAUUCUUGCCGAAAGGUUUCCCAGCGCAUGCCUGGUUUUCAUGACUGUUAUGAUGAAUGUAGUCGGUGUUGCACUGGCUAUAACUGGCAUUGUGUUAUAUUCAGUGGACCUGGCCAGGGGGCCUUAUUUCUAUGGAUGUAGUCCACCUGAUGAGAAAGGUUAUCGGUACUCCUGGACAACACCGUCUCCAUCAAGGAGAGAUGCUCUUGAUGAAACCUACCAAAAAAAACUAGAGGACUACAGUGUUUGUAUGAACAACAAGCACAUAAUUCAGAUGGUGCUCAGAAGCCUAGACAUCAUGAUGAUCGUCUUUGCUGUUCUUCAAAUUUGUGUCACCACCAGCUGGUGUGUUCUGAGUAUGAAGGUGCUUUGUAAGAAGACUAGAGAUGGAAAGGACAUGGAGAAAGAGGAUCCGGAACUUUACAAACCCCUCAUGCAAGAAUAAAUUCACAAUCCUGGAUAAUAGUGAUGUUAUUCUUCCUUUCUAUUAAGCACAUUAUAUGUACUGAUGCACAGUAUAUUCACACCUACUAGAAUCACUGUCUGUUGUUUUGUUAAUGGGUUAAUGGGAAAUUGUUAAAUCAUCGUUAAUCAUUUAUUAUAAACUUAGAUUAUUGAUUCUGCUUCCUUCAAAUGGAAUACUACUUUAAAUUUGUAUCCAACAUUUUACUACUUGUAACUUUCAUUACACAAUAAACUUCAGAUUAUGUUGAUCAUUA